UGCAGCAUCCCAAGCAAGUCCGGGCGCUUUGUAGUACCACAUCGGAUCUAACCCAUAGUUUGCCUUACAAACCCCUCAAAAGUUUCCCAUUACGUCUGCUAGGAGCAGGACGUUUGUUUGCAGGUAUAGGUCAUGGUACACCCUCAUGGUUUGCAUGUUGAAAGCAUGCCACACGGUCCGAGCUCUUUUGUAGUCCAUAUCACUGAUGUUUUCGUUAUUCAGCUUAAUGAAGACUGCUGUUUUUCUGUGUGAUGUGCUGUCAUUAUCUCCAAAUUUCUGAAGUCGUCGUUUCCCAGACCCUUGACGAGCUUGUCCAGGAAGCUUGCCAUAAACUUAAAGCUGGGUUAUAGUCCAUUCUGCGCAUGUGCGGGCUUUGUUUACAUCUUUUGUUUUGGUUUGGAUCCACUUCAAUUGUAUAAUAUGAAGUAUACGGCUAUGCAUGCACUAAACAAAUUAUAAAUGAAGGAACCAGGAGUGAAGUUAAUUUUUUUUUUAAAUUGUGCUCUGAAAGACAAGCAAUUAAAUAUUUUAACAGACCACCAAUGGAAGAUAUGUUGCUGAUUAAUUCGACAUUUUUCUUUCGUGUAUUUCGUUAAUGAAAUAUCCAGAAGAGGCCGACACAGCAAAGGUGCCGGGUGCCAGUUCGCAACCCAUUGUACGUAUUCUGAAUAUAAUGUUCGGCAUUGUAAAAUAAACUUUGGAAGUGCCAAAGUAAACAUGAACCUUUCCUUGGGUUAUUUGUUCGUCGAAACACAUUGUCAGAGUCAUUGUUGCUGUCAUGGCAGAUCGAAGUACUCGGAGAAAUUAAGCUUUUCGCUGGAAGAUAUGUGGAGACGAUAUGUUCAUGUCGCGGCUUCUGUUUUCGGUAGAGAGCCUGCAAAAGUACGGGUAGUUUUUGCUCAAGCGCGUGCCACGAAUAGGAUUUUGAUACAUGUAUGAACAAUCGAAGGGUUCAAGAACGUGACAGUGUCCAGACGGUGAGUUUGUAUUAUUGCUAUUAUGUACUAACACUGUUCGUCAUACUGUUCGUUAUAAACGUGAUUCACACAUGUACCCAGUACAUGUAAUCUUAUUAUUUUCGCUCAUUGUAGUUUAUACAUGUUUCGUUUAGGCAAAAAAUGGCCUGAGCAAUGUUCAUUUGAGAAUAUGUAAUGUUGUUCAUUGUGACUGUUCACUCUAAACGAAGGAUAAUGAUCAUCUAACAAUACAUGAAUAAACUUUGUUUACAUAGUUUAAUACUUUGCCUGUCAAGAAUAUGCACAGACAUAUACAGUGUACAAUUGAGUGACAGUACAUUUUUGAAAGCUUUAACACAUAUGAUUUGUUUUAUUACAUACUCUGUAUAAUUAUGCAUAUCCUUGCCGAAUAAAAUAUCAAAUUAUGUAAAAAGAGUUUACCCGUCUAUACAAGUCUAUAGAGGAAUUUGUGGUAAAAAAUAUCAGUAUUUCACUGUGCUUGAGUCUUAAAGUUUGCAUUUAAUUAAUGAUAAAUAUCUUUACAUUUCAGAAUCUUGUGGAAGCAAUGGAUUUAAUUUUAAAUGCCCUAAGAGCGUCAGCCUAAAUGUCCUAUACAGUGUCAGCCAGCUACAUUUGCUGAUUUGGUUAAAUAAUGAAUUGCCAGGUGCACCGCUUCAACCAGACAUAGAGGAAAACCCAGAAAAUGUCCCAGAGUGUUGCGAAUGUGGAUGCUGUGUUGCAAUGCCAACACAAUUGGAAAACAAAUGCUGUACACAAACAAUACAGCCUUGCAUGACCCUAGCCCCUCUGUUCCCACAGUUAGUACUUGAUGGAAACGUUCUGGACCUCGCCAGGCAUUACAGGGCCGGGAAGAAUGUUUAGUGUUAAAUAAUAUUAGAAACAAUGAAAAUGUUCACCAUGCUGCUUACAAACAAUAUGUACUCUGGCAACAUGAAAAGAUAAGGAAGUGGGAACAGGAGAAUGAUUCCAAGGAAUCCAAGCUGUUGUGUUACAGCAAUACGGAAAAAAUAUCCUUCUCCAAAUGGGAUAUACUCUGGGUAUCAACCUGCUAGAUUGUAAAUAUUUGUUGCAAAUGUUGUUAUUAUGUUAUUGAUCAUUGAGGAAAACUUUAUUAUUUCAUUAACCCAUUUUACUGCAAUUAUCUCGAUCCCAUGACAGAGAGGAUCAUUUUAAAUAUUUUGAAAGAACUUGGGUAAUUCACACCUGCAUGCAUGUUAAGGCCCACUCACACAAGCGAUUUUAAACUGUGAUUUUCUCCUUUCGGGAUACAGUAUGUGAUUUAGCAAAAUUACAGGAAAUAUUACUUUGCAAGGCUUAGCUCAUAUAUUUGUUGUGAUAUUCACUCAAACACACACAACAAAAGAAGAAAAUUGCAGUUCAAAAUUGCUUGUAUGAACUAGCCUUUAUAGCCCCAUUGCUUUAAACUUAUUUUAAGCUUUCUCUGUCUACUAAACACAGCAAAUUCUGCUAACAAAUGAAAGCCUUUAUCAUGAUAAUUGGUUAAAUCUUUAUGGACAGUAAUAUUUCAUUUUAUAAAAGACAAGUUAUCAAAUACAUUGGAUGUUCCAGCACAACAUUUGACACUGACGUUGAUAUUUUUAUUCUUUAAAAUUACUCCUUGCCCCUUACUUCAGCCUGACCCACUAGUUGGGUCCAGGAGUUUGUAUAAUCAGAAUUUUCCCUUUCCAAGGUUGACUGUCUUUCAGGGAUUAUGAGCUCCACCUACCCAGCAGUUUUAAGUGCCAGACACUUGUCUACAGUGAUCAUUUGAAUCUUAAGACUAAUGGGUUUCAACAAGUUCUUUGGCUGAAGGAGGAGGGGCAGGGGCUAUGUUAGGGGCACUUUGCCUUCGGUCAUCACUUCCAUUACCAAUCCCCAUACCUAAAGAAGACUUACAAUUAAUUUUAUUCCUGUUUAAAUGCACAUUAGUGCCUGCUGAGCAAUGUGUUUUAAAAGCACUUAAUCAAGCCAAAUUUUGAUUUUAUUACUGCAUGUUCAUUCAAAUCAAAAUUUGGCUUCCAAAAAAGCAUUUAAGUGCUCUAAUUAAUGCUCUAAACAUAUCAAUCAGCAGGUGCUACUGUGCCCUUAACAUGCCUACAGAAUGAUCAAAAGAUUUGUUUGAAAAUGUGAUAAGAAAAUGGAUUUCACAAUAAACCCAAAAGUCAUAUUUCUUCUCACCAGGAUUCAGGAAAGCAUAAAAUGUUAUACAUACCUUCAUUGUAAGAAGUUGUAUAAUGUAUUCGUACUGCUUAGGAGUAAGAAUCUUUACAUGAUUCCAUCACUGUUUCCCUUGCUGAACAUAUACUGAAAAUAUACUUGCUGAACAUAUACUGAUUACUGAACAUAUACUUGCUGAACAUUGUCUGCAUAGCUGGCAAUGGCUCAUGGCUGCAUUGUUUCAUAUGUCUGCUGAUCCGUCUGGGUUUCCACAGCGCUAUAAGUGCACAAUAAAGUUUUGUAAUGACGAAAUAUAACAAUAUUAACAUAAUUGAAAUAUCCCAAUAAACAAUUAAAUCUGUUUUGAUGUUUCGUAUACAAGCUCGAUCAGCAGAGUAUUCCACCGGCCAAUACUACAAUUUCGAUGCAUACCUUUUCGCGAAAUAUUCUUUUCGAUCUCCUGGUUGGUUCUGGAGGGCAAUUGAUAAAACUAGAAUAGUGAAGCGAAUAGUGCGAAUAGUCGACGAAUAGUGCGAAUAGUCCACGAAUAGUCCACGAAUAGUGCGAAUAGUCAUAGUCCGCGAAUAGUUGACGAAUAGUACGAAUAGUCCGCGAAUAGUCGACGAAUAGUACGAAUAGUCGACGAAUAGUGCUAUAGAGACUUUGCAAGACUUUCCACCGUGCUGUAGAACUAAAUUUACCGAAGCGGGGCGGGGGGGGGGCUCUAUUGACAAACAUGAAAUCGUGAAAACAUUCGUUGAUGUCAAUGACGUCAUACGCAAUCGGUAUAAAUCGGGGGAGGGGGGGGUGGGGGGCAAGGGCAGUACUUUUCCGACAAAUCGAAAAAAUUUUCAGACAAAACAAAAAGUUUUCCGGACGACAACAUUUUAAACCUUCACACCCCCUCCCCCCUCGACAACUUUGACAAUUUCCGACAACCUUGACAAUUUUCCGACAAUUUCCGGCAGCAUUGGCAAUUUUCCGACGGGUGUCAACAAUAGGGGAGGGCCAUGCCCCCCCCCUGCCCCCACCCCUCGGCCACGGCGCCACUGAUGACAAUCACUAGAAUGACGUUUUCCACUGGGCGAAUUUGUUCGCGCGAAGCGACAAGUAAAAGAGUAGGAACUGAUCCAAUUUUUUCGCUGACCAAUCACAUUGCCGAAAUUUGGUUUUCGCUUCGUGCGAACAAAUUCGCCCAAAAACGGGCCUAAAUAAUAAAUCGAUAUCUUCUCUUGUUUCGUGAUGUAAAUCACGUUUUCCAAGCACACGAAAUCACUUAAGCCCUUAAAUCUUCACUUACAACGCCAUAACUUACAAGUAAAAUUCCUAUAAAAUUCCAUCAGUAAAAUUUAUGACUCAUAUGGUUACCACUUACCAUCAGGAAUGAUUAUAAAUUUUAAAAAAUAUGGAAUAUGUUUCCUGACUAUGACUGAAUUUUAGUCGAAAGCUACAAUAUUAAAAUGUUUAUUUUCGAAGUUACCGGUGUUUUAUAUUUUAUUGAAAUACUCAGUGGUUCCCGUAAUUUUUACCGGUUACGUAUGACGUCAUUGACGUACGUCAACGAAUGUUUUCACGAUUUCAUGUUUGUCAACAGAGCCCCCCCCCGGUAAAUUUAGUUCUACAGCACUGCUGCAAAGCCUUACAAAGUCUCUAUUGCACUAUUUGUCGACUAUUCGUACUAUUCGUCGACUAUUCGCGGACUAUUCGUAUUAUUCAUCGACUAUUCGCGGACUAUUCGCACUAUUCGUCGACUAUUCGCGGACUAUUCGCACUAUUCGUCGACUAUUCGCGGACUAUUCGUACUAUUCGUCGACUAUUCGCACUAUUCGCUUCACUAUUCUAGUUUUAUCAAUUGCCGUUCUGGAGACCAGAAAUGCAUAUUUGGAAGGAUUUGCCUUUGAAACUCUCAAGUAGAUGGUCGCGAGUCGCCAUUGUCAACUUUGUUGUAGCGUGUUGAAAUUGAUAUUUGAUAUGCAUUUCCAUUUGUAACAAGAGCUUACUUAUCCAAUGACUGGGGGAAAUUCAUAUUAUUUUGUAUAAUUUAAUUUUGCCAAUCCGACACCACAAAAUACUUUCACGUUUUAAUAGUUUCACCCAGCAAGAUACACAAGCGGCUUCAUACACAUUAUAUAGUUUCUAUUUGAUUUUGAAACAAUUGCACAACGGAAUAACUUAUAUUCGUAAAAACACACUUUAGAUACAUCUUUUUAGAUAUAAAGUUUCUUUUUUGACCGUAUUUCUUGCUUUGAUGUGGAUAUAUAAGCGAGUUAAAAACAAUUAGAAUUUUGGCACUCCUGUGCGUCAGCCAUCUUCUCUGAAAUGCUAUCAGUUUAUAGCAUUACGUAAUAUUUUUCUAUGACAAUGUUUACAAAAUGUGUACACAUUUGAGACAUGCGCAGAAUGGACUGUAACCCAGCUUUAAAGGAAUCAAGGAACCUCAGUUUUCUUAUGAUCUUCCUUUUUUCACCAUCUUCACCCUUAAACUCAUCAACCUCGACUUCUUUGGUAAAGGAAAUGUACUUCUCUUCCGUUUUAGGGAUACAAUUGAUAUUACCGCUGCUUACCCCUAAGUUUCUGAUGAAUAGGUGGGCGUCAUACCCUUCGAGGUUGUGGAAGAGUACGGGAAUGAAAUUAGGAUGCUUCAUUUUGAUGUUGCACGUAUUAUGUGCCGCACCCCUAUAUGUCCCGGUGUAGUAACAAUGAUCCCUAACCUUAUGGUUUUCCUCGGUGAAUUCUGCGUUACAGACGUAGCAUUCGAUUGCGUUCUCAUGAUUGAUUGUGCCUUCGGGAGACAUUUUGAUAGGUUUUUCGAUUUUGAACCUAUUGUAUAUGUUGUGAAUCUCCUCCUCAAGAAGGUCUACAAACUUUUUGGUAACGUCUUCUCCCUCAUGCUGUUUGGUAUAGUGUACCAGCUUAGGCUCGUAGAUGGAGUUAUCGAAACACUUGAUGUAGUAGCAAAAUCCGCUGGGAUUAUGCUUUUGGUAUUGGAUGGUGCUUGACAUGUUGAGGUUUUGUUCCACCGUGUCCAACCCUUCGAUGUAGCACUCAAAAUCUGCGUAGAUGACGAACGGAACGGUCUGUAUCCUUUCAUCAUUUUCAAACUUUGUAAUACUACCGUGUUUCGGGUAUUCAUACCUUUGAUAGUCGCUGCCUGAACAUAAUUCCAGAUGGUUUUGUAAGAGCUCAUCCGAACCGAAUGCGUUAAGGCAAUAAUCACAGAUAUACUUCCUGUGCCCGUAAUCAUUAAUUUGUGUACUUACGAGUCUGGACAUAUCCUUGAUAACGCUGUAGUGGUUUUUCCAUAGGAAUAACCUUGUGAGCUGGGAUCCCAUUCUCAAUUUGGUUAAGGGUAUAUCUUUAGGCUCUCGUCGGCGCUGAAUACGUUUACGCCGGUGUUGUUAUUUUUUAUUUUUUUUUUUAUAUUGUUUAGAGGGGUUGGGAACUCUAUUCCUUCCCAGUCUAGUUCCUUAGCCUGUUUUCUUAGGAUCCUUGUAAUUCUUUCAGGGUUUUGUCGACUGGGUACAGCGCGCGGGUCACAGCCCACUUGAAGCACUCAUGGUCGUCAUUCUUCAUGUUGAUGAUCGCUUUCUUUUUUUCGAUCGACUUAGGUAGCGGCAUGUGGUUCUUUCCCUUCAGCGGUUGGAAUUCUCCGAUAUGGAUUCCGAGAAGAUCUACCCUUCGGAGCCUCCACCCACUACCACGCUUUUGGUACCCUGAAAAGAACUUCAGAAUUUUUUCCCUCAUGGUGGUAAGAGCCUCUUCCGUGUGGUCCGUGCCGACGAGUUUAUGGGUUUUUGACCUGACGUGGGUCACGACUGAUACUUCCUCCCCAGUUUUCGGAUCAUUUCUUACCAUUUCACAUGUUAGGGACAUGUUUACGUUUCUCCGUUCCGUUUCGGAAUUUAUGAGCGCCUCAACCUCGUCCUUUAUGAUAUUCAGGAAGUGGACUGGGUCGUACGCACCUUUGGGAUUGAUAACAUACUUCUUCACCUUCUUUUUAAUACCGUGUUUGGUUAGGAUGGGUUUUAUGUCCUCUUCUGGAUUGGCGUCGUACCACUGUUCGUCCUCAUCGUUAAAAUUCUCCCUUGCGUCGUACCAUUGGUCUUCUUCUUCCUCUUUGCCACUGUACAGUUUGACAACCUUCUUCCUCAUGGUGUUAAAUGCGUCGGACACACCUUUCCUGAUGGAUGACGGUACGUGGGUGGUUAGCCAGUUGUGCCACUCCCUUAGGGUUCCGGAGAUGCUAGACUUGGACUUGCAGCUAGCCUCUGUUGUUUCCAUUCUUUUAUUAUAGAGAAAAAUUUAUUUUUUUUACGUGUGGUAUAACCCAGAAGUCAAUUCUAUUUUCCAGACCCACAAGGUUUGGAAUAACAAUGGAACAGGCUAACUCCACUCCAGGUCUGAAAGAGGGAGCAGGAAGAGGACUGAAGGAGCGUACCCUUUUUUUAUAUUGGAAAAAAAAUUAAAAAGUGCUGAAUCAGCUUUUUUCAACAGGAAGUGACGUCAUAGGUCACGUGAUCCAAAUCUGCGCGGAAAGGGUGCACAGUGGGAGACUUUGGGGAGGCUUUGGGGAGACUUUGGGGAAACUUUGGCGAGGCUUUGCAUGGAGAGACUUUGGGGAAAAUACUUCUCAAGGCCCGUAGAUAUAGCCACUUCGGAAAGUAAACGGUUCAUAUUUAAUGCGAUUUUAGGCGAUCUAAGGCGAUUUAAGAAAAUUUUUUUAAAUUUUAGGGAUUGCAAUUUAGGUGUUUUCAAAGGAAUUGAAUUUUAUAUUUUGCUCCGGUUCCCUCCCACAGGGCAAAAUUGGCAGGGUGGGUUAGGAUAAACACAGUUAGGAAAGUAAUAUCAUAUCCUCAUUGUUGUAAAGAUAAAUAGUCUGCUAACAUAAGUAAUCAUAGUACUUGAUGUAAUCGGUCACUGAAAAGCCCCAAUGUGGGGAGUGAGCUGAAUAAUAAUGUAAUGUUUCCACACACAUAUGCAUUGUAUGAAGUAAAAUACAAUUAUUAGAACAUGUAUGUAUAUUUUAUAUAAAGCUAGGUUAACUAAUUAUUGUAUUUGAUCUGAUUCACAUAUAAAGCUCAAUAUUCAUGAACUUUUCAUCCAUUCUCUAUUUAGAAGCCAUUGGGGUUCAUCUUGUGUGGAUCAUGUGGUCAUUAAUGGCUACAUUAUAUACCACAAAUAUUGUAAACAGUUAACAGACACUACUUAAGGGCCAUGCACUACACAUGUCUUAAACUUUAUUAUUAUUAAUUUAUGUCUAGUUAAAAUUGCAAAAUAUAAUAAAUAUUUGAUUUCCAAAACACAAGGGGUAGGGGGUAGAAACACACAAUGUAUUUAUACAGUAUAACUGAAUAAGCUAUAAUCCUAUAAAUUACCUUGUCACCCUUGUAAGUAAAAUUGUCUUGUUUUGUAUCAUGUCAAAACUUCUUUAUUUAGCUUGCAUUUUAUUUAGACUGUUUCAAUCUCGUAAUGCUACAAACAUAUUUAUAAAGUAUUCGGAAACUGUCGGCGUAAUGCCGUAAUGUUUAAAUUACAUGAAGUAUAUCGUAUAUAAAUUAAAAACAAAAUAAUACAGUGUUAAUUUACAAAUGGCGCACUACAUCGUGGUUUUAGGUUCUGCAAACAAACAACAACAAAAGAUCUAUUGUAUGGUAUGUACGAUGUAAUCAUUGUUUUACUGUUUAUUGUAUAUACAGGUCUGGAAAAUUUAAUAGACGAGAGUUGCAAAUCGCUCAUAACCUCACGUAUAUUUUUCGUUUGAUAGCCACUAUAAUUAUAACUAGGAGGCUGGAGCUAGAGUAUAACCAUGCACAUGUCGAAGUACAACCAUUGUAUACAAUGCAGUGCUCGAUGUUACAUGCAACAGUGCACAAAUUACACGAUGACUUUAUUAUAUAAAUCAACACUCGUACUCAUUGACUUUCGUAGUCUCCUACUGUUGUUCUAAUUAACAGCAAUUAGGCUUGGAGAAGCCAUGCAGAUUAUAGAUUAAUUUGUAGCCCAGCCUCCAUUUACACCAAUAAUGAAAUUAGCUCAUUCUGGUAACUAGCUCAAUUUUGUUGCUGGUAGUGUAUAGGAUCUAUGGGUCUUUCAGAUCCCAAAAUUACCUAAUUAUUGUAAAGGCUCUGUUUUUGUCAAUGACCGGUGCCUAUUGAGUGACCAAAAUAUUGUCAGCCUAAUCCACUUAUUUGAUUGCUAAUCCAUGUUGCAUUACUUUUGAUUGCAAAGCACCUGGUUACAUGAUUUGCCCGUAAAAUAGCAGCAAUUGAUAAACUUGAGCAUAUGGACUGAAUGUAUCAAGCAGAAUGCAUGUUGGCGAUUUUAAGCGAUCUUAGGCGAUUUUAGGCGAUUUAAGAGAAAUUUGAAAAUUUUAACCCGCGAUUUAAUGCGAUUCUAGGCGAUUUAGGGCGAUUUUAGGCGAUUUACCGCCCCAGAGUAGGCCUGUGUCUGUUUCAAAUGCAAACACAUUCAAAACUAUUACUACCGAUCAAUUAAUAAUUUAAGCAAGGGUCUUGGAAAAUUCAUUGGAUGUCUUAGAUGGAAAUUUUAUUCUAAUUACAUUGAAAGAAUUGUUUCAAAGCACCAGCAAACAAUUCAUAGUCUGUUUCUGGAUUCAAGUCUUAAUAGUGACAUUCAAAAUUUUGAUGACUUCAAUAAGGAUUUGGAGGCAGAAUGUCUCUCUAGUUUGGCGGAAAAUGAAAGAUCCCAAAGUCUUGCAUACAAGGUUGAUAAGCUAAGUUGCACAAUAGAAAGCAAAUUUCCCUAAUGGAAAGUUAUUGCUGACAUCGAUAAAUCAGAAGUGCAUUUAUUUUAUCUGGAUAACAACCACGUUGUACAUGAGAUAGUUAUAUUGGCAGAUGGUAGGUAUUACUUUGUUGUUAAAGAUAAACACAAAUCUUCAGACUUGAUAGACAGCAUACCACAAGCAAUACAUUGCAAAAAUCAGUUGUACUUGGUAAUGAAGUCACUUGAAAACUGAACAUUUGUUCCGGAAUUUUAGUUGAAAAGUAUAUGAGUCUGCUGCCUGAGGAUAGCACUUCUCCAGUGUUUAAUUAAAACCAUUCACGGUGACCCUGGUGCAUUUGUCGAAACAAUGCCCACAUCUGCUGAUAAGAAGUGUAUAAGAUCCACAAAGUGUUCUUUUCUUAUUAAAGAUAUGUGUUGCAAAGAAUGUAUAUACAAACUGAGCACUACAUGAGGACCCUUAAGUCUAGAAAUCAGAAUAAUAACAGUAACUCUAAACAUACUCGAUUUAACUAUACAUGUCAAAAGAAAGGCUUAUAGAAAAUAGUGAAGAAAUGGCAGCAAAGAUCAAUAGAAUGCAGGUUAAGUUAAAGCGGCUGGAGCAAAAUCAGCAAGAAAUGAGCACAGCGGGAAACAAUACUGAUUCUGUUUUCAGAACAUUAUUUAAACAGUUGUACGAAGGUAUUAGUAAAAAUAUAGAGAAAAAUGAAGCUAAUGUUUGUAAAUUGGGAGGAUUGUUUGCCAUUAGAACACAAGUUUGAAACAGCAGAAUUACUUCAGAAACAUAUAUCUACUUGUCAUAUGCCAACAGUUUUGGAUAAAGCUCCAAUUAAUAGGACAUAUCAAUGUAAAUGGAUUGGCUGUGACAAAACGUUUUGCAAAAAGAAACUUCUUAAAUCUCACAUAAUUGAACAUACCGGAAAUGAAUCGGAUACAUUUUUCCUAACACUCUUGCAAGACCAAGCCAAAGCUUUGAAUAUGCCUUCCAGACAAAUGAGAUGGCAUCCUCUGGUGUUGAAGUGGUACCUUCGUAUUUAUUCUAAAUCGCAUAGCAUCUAUGCUGACCUUCGUGAAUCUGGAUUCUUAAAACUUCCAAGUGGCAGAACUCUUUCCGACUAUAAAAAUGUUUGUUCGUCACAAUCUGGGUGGCAAAUAUCUGUAUUGGAUGCUGUUAUGUUUGUACAUCCGUAUGUAUAACAUUUAUUAGACUAACACUAAUGUGAGUACAGCAACUCUUAUAUAGCUAAGUUUAUACAUAAAUUAACAUAUUAAACAAUAAUACAACAUCCCUCUUCUUAAAUAAGAAAAGUAUCUACACUAAUCUAUAUACGUAUAAGUUGUUCUUUUUCUUUUGUUUUUUUUUUAAGUCAUUGUUCUAAAAUUAUCUAAUUGAUCUAAAGUUUAAUUAAUUGUCAAACAACUAUUAUCUAAUGUUCAUAACUAAUAGUCCUUAUACCUAUUUGGUUUCCUAAUUAUUCUUCCACUUCUAGACUUUAGUGGAGAUGCACUAAAUUGUUUAUCAAGUGUUACCGGUAAUUGUUCCUCUGAUGUUUCUUCUGUAGAUACUGCAUUAUCACCAUCAUUUGCUGGUUCUGUACCAACUGCAUUCUCUUCAUUGCUUUGACUAAUGGGAUCAUCACAAUCUUCUUUUCCAAAUGACUGUGAAUUUCCUUCUUUCGUCUUGAGAAUGUGUUUCCUGUUUCUUCUGCAAGUUCUUCCAUCUGGACUUUGCACGAUAUAUGACCUUGGUGUGUCUGCUUGACUAGUUACCACAGCUGGAUUCCAUAUUUUUCCUUGCUUUAUGCGAACUUGCUCGCUUUGUGAUAUUGUAGGAAGUUCUUUGGAGCCUCGGUCAUAAUACAGUUUCUGAAAGGUUUUCUUAGUUAUUAACUUCGAACUCGCUAGAUCUUCAUCAAUGACUUUAGGUUGUAACAGAGACUUCGUUGUGGCAACAACAGAUCUUAAUCUUCUGCUCAUCAGUAAUUGCGCUGGUGAACUGAUCAAUGGGUGUAUUUCGAUAUUCUAGCUAAAAUACUAACGUAAGGAUCUUUUCCAUCUCUGUUUGCUUUGUUUAAUAAGUUUUUGACAGUCUGCACCGAUCUUUCAGCUAGACCAUUAGCUUGUGGAUGUUAUGGACUGGUCGUCGUGUGUUGAAAAUUCCACUCUUGCGAAAACUUUCCAAAUUCUUGUGAUGAGUACUGCGGACCAUUAUCACUCUUUACUUCUCUUGGAAUCGCGUGUCUGGCGAAUAUAGAUUUCAUGUAAGUAACCAAGGUGCUGCUCUUAAUAUCUGGCAACUUCGCAAUCUCAAAAUAACGUGAAAAAUAGUCCACAACUAAUAGAUAGUUUGAAUUGUUCCACUAGAACAAAUCAGUGGCGACAGUGUCCCAUGGAAUCGUGGGAGUUGGUUGAACAAUCAUGGGCUCUUUCUGGUUUGAUGGUCAAUAUUCUAGACAGGUAGGACAUUUCAAGACCAUUUCUUCUUUCUGUGAAUUCAUCCCUGGCCAAUACAGAACAUCCCGUGCACGUUUCUUGCAUUUUCGGUUCUCAUGUGUCCAGCAUGAAUCUUUUCCAACAUUUCUGGUCGAAAGGAACUUGGGAUGAUGAUCUUUCCAUUCUUCAAAAGAAUUCCAUCAAUCUCUGAGAUUUCUUCUCUGCAAUGGCAAUACUCCCUAAUUUUGACUGGCGUUUCUCGUUUUGUAUCUGGCCACCCGCUCAAAACGGUCUUCUUCAGCUGCCGUAGUGAUUCAUCUUCUUCUGUGGCCAUCCCGAGUCUCGCCAUCAUGUCAUCUGUCGCAGGAAGAUUGGACAUCACCAUGUGAACAUAGCAAGAUAUUUCUUUCUCUAACUCUGAAUCUGUAGUGGGAAGUGGUGCCCGUGAUAGAGUGUCCGCUACCACAAGAUCCUUGCCCGGCUUAUGCUUGUAGGUAAAAUCAUAUUUCUGUAAUCUUAACAACAUCCUUUGCAAUCUGAGAGGAGCGUCAUGUAAGCAUUUCUUUAAAAUGAUCUCAAGUGGCUUAUGGUCAUUUUCUACAAGAACUUUCACGCCAUAGGUGUACGCAUUGAAUCUUUCAAGAGCAAAUAAAACAGAGAGUAGUUCUUUCUCAAUUUGUGCGUAUCCGGUUUCUGCUUCAGUCAUAGAACGAGACGCAUAGGCAAUCCGUUGUUCUUCCUGGAUCAGAACUGCACCAAGUCCAUUCUGCGAAGCAUCACAACGCACUAUAGCCGGUUUAGUUGGAUCAAAAAACUUUAGAACUGGUUGCUGGGUAAGAAUUUCUUUAAUCUCAUCAAAAGCUUUUGUCUGCUCGUGCGACCAUUAGAACUCGAUAUCUUUCUUCAGCAGUUCUCUGAUUGGCGCUGUUAUCGUUGCUAGGUUAGGUACAAAUUUUGCUAAGUAAUUUACAGUUCCAAGUAAUCUUUCAAUCUCCUUCUUCGAAGAGGGUGUUGGCAUAUCUUGAAUUGCUUUAAUCUUCGACUCGUCAGGUUUCACACCGUCUUUCGUGAAGUUGUGACCACAAUACGAUACUUCAUUCACAUUGAACUUGCACUUGUCUGCAUUUAAUGUGAGGUUUAUUUCUUCACAUCGUUGUAAGGUGGCUUCUAAUCGUGCGUCGUGCUCUUGUUCAUCGAUCCCCAAAUGAGUAUGUCAUCAAUCUCAGUGGCUACGCCUUCGAGGUCAUCAAGAUGCUGCGAAAUUCUCUUCUGGAAAACUUCCUGCGCAGAUUUAAUGCCGAGAGGCAUUCUCGUGAAACAAUAUCUGCCAAAUGGUGUGCUGAACGUCGUUAGAAGUUGGCUUGGCUCAUCCAAUGGUAUCUGCCAAUAACCAUGUCUUGCAUCUAGUUUGGAGAACACUUUCGCACCCGAUACCCGAGAAGCUAUUUCUUCUACCGUUGGUAAUUGGAAAUGUUCCCGUCUUGUCGCUUCAUUUAGAUGCUUCGGGUGUAGGCAUAUUCGUAGUCUCCCCGUGCCUGGUUUCUCCACUAUUGCAAUUGAGUUGACCCAGUUAGUCGGUCUGUCCACUUUACGAAUAACUCCUUGCUUCUCCAUAUCUUCUAAUUCAAGCUUUAAACGACCUUUUAUUGCUACAGGAACUUUUCUCGCUGCAUUUAUUACAGGUGAUACCUCCGGAUCCAUUUCAAUGUGAUAUGGCUCCCUCAGGCAACCCAAGCCUUUGAAUACAUCGGAGUAUUUCUCCUUAAGAUCUCCCUCUUUAUUAGUGCUCAUCACAACUUUGAUUAUGUCGAGUUCUUGCGACGCUUGAAAACCCAGUAUAGGAUACUGAUCUGUUUUGCUCACAAAAAAAUUUAGCCGUCUGUUCAUACAUUUCAACGUGCAUUUGCCAACAAGAUUAAGCUUAUCUCCAGUGUAGCUUGUCAAUGAGGUCCUUGAUGCUUGAAUUGGUUCUUUAGGUCCUUUCAAUUCUCGGUACAUCGACAUGGGAAUUAUGUUCGCUUGAGAUCCUGUGUCAACCUUAAACUUGAUCGGUGUUUCAUUAACCUCUAGAGUUAUAAAACACUCGUCUUUCGUCAAUUCUGUUUUAGUCGACUGUUCGGGUUUCUUAUCAACCGUUCCAACAAAUAGAAUAUCCGGAUAUGUAUGCAUUUGAUCAAUUCCAUGUACUUUUCUUGAGCGACAACACUUCGCAAAAUGAUUUGGUUUUCUGCAUGCAUGACAGACUUUGCCAUAUGCUGGACAUUGCUUGCUUGGAUGGUCUCGCCCGCAUUUGCUACAUUUUAUUACUUCGCUCGAGCCGCUCGAGGAUAUCUUCUGUUUUUCUCGCCCAAACUUCGCUGGUCUGCUUUCAUUAUUCCCUUUUCUUGAACUUUUCUUCACUGAACUUACUUUAAAACUGUCAUCUUUCGUUAGGUCUUUAAGUUGUUUACGCGAUUCUUCGUCUGCUUUACAUAUGCUAAUGCCUUUGUCUAAAAUUAAAUUGUCUUCUCGAAACAUUCGAGCUUGAAGUCUGUCCGCUUUUAUGCCACAAAUGAUUCGAUCCCGAAUUAACUCUUCUUCUAGUUCUCAAAAACGACAGUUUUUCGCCAAAAGCCGUAGUUCCGUAACGUAUUGGUCAACUGAUUCGGUUUCGCCUUGCACACGUUUAUUAAAUUUGUAUCGCUGCAUUGUUGUAUUCUGCUUCGGUAUGCAAUACUCUUCAAACUUUUGUAUUAACGGUUUUAUUUUGUCUACUUCGCUUGUCUCAAAAUCAAAUGUGUUAUGGAUAUCUCUGCCAUCUUGACUAAUGAUAUAUAAGAAAGCGCUGCAUCUCUCUUUCUCAGAUGCGUCUUUCAUGCAGACAGCCAUGUAUAAAUUGAAACCGAACUUCGUUGCCAAGUUCGGAAGUACAUCGGCAAACUUCGGAACUUCGCAACCAACUUCGGAAAAAUUCGGCAAAAGUUAUGUGAAAUCGACUGUAAUAUUCAUGAAAACUUAGCACUACUGUAUAGUAGUAGGCGUAUUAUAAUAGUUUUGUUUGUGGAAACACCACGUAAAUUUAUUACUGCAAAGCUUUCGAUCCGUGAGCCCGGAUCUUCAUCAGUGCUAAUAAUAUGUCUGAUGAAGAUCCGUGCUUACGGAUCGAAAGCUUUGCAGUAAUAAAUUUACGUGGUGUUUCCACAAACAAAACUAUUAUAUGUUUUAUCGCCAUGCAAACAUACAAAGAAGUAGGCGUAUUGUGACAAUUUUACAGUCGUGCCAAUAGAAGCGUUCCGAAAAAUGUUGACCAAUUCAUUUCCUAACUUGAAAGAACACCUCUGAACGAUUCCUCAACAAUUUGAUAAGUUCCCUAAAACAAUAAAUUAGCUUUCCUUUAAACAAUAAAGGAAAGCUAAUCUGGAAGGAUUCGUUCGAAGAAUUAAAGAAAUUUGUCGAAGAAUUUUUACCGACAACUGAUGGCGAAUGGGGCUGCCCAGGUGGCGACGUGAAGCAAUACAAAUCUGUAGAUUUAGAUCUUAGAUGCCAUCCGAGUACUCGUUCAAUAACUCUAAAUGGGAAGUUAAAGGAGGGUAUCAACGAAAAACUGAUUCAUCUAGACUAGUUACUGGUCAAUUAAACAAUAAAGUCACCGAACACGCUGCUACAGAUAAGUUUUGCAUGAAUGAACCCGAGCUUUCUGACUGUAAUUGUGCUCAUCUUAACGCCGAUAUGGGGGUAUUAAACUAGAUUUGACGAUUUUAGAAUCGCGAAUGCUUGCCGCAGUGUCUGAAAACGAGCAUGAGUCGGAUAUUAUCUCGCUAAGAGUAAAACUAGUAGACAUGGAAGCCGUUGUACAUAAUCAAGAGACGAAAUUAUUUCCCGACUUAGCGAAGAAAAUCUAUUCUUUAGGUCAAGGUUAUUGAACCUUGAAAAAUUAGUGCAUUUCAUGUCCCAAGCGGAGUAUCGGAACAAAAGCAGUGGAGCGAUUAACCUAUCUAAUAUUACAAAAGAACCCUCAACGCGUAACCGCAAGCAAUCUAUUAAUUUGAAUAAAAACAGUUUGAGUUCACCUCGAAAUAUCGAUAACAAUCUACCUCACGAUAACCAACAAUAUGUUAGUCCGUCCGUAAGUAAUAUUGAUUUUACGGCAGACGUGCCCCAGCCUAAUUCUCAAACUAAACAGAAAGUAGAUCUUACGGCAGACGAUCGUAUGGCAGACGAGUCCCAGCCUAAUCCCCUAAUUAAACAGAAAGUAGAUCUUACGGCAGACGAGCCUCUGCCAAACCCCUUAAUCGCCCAGAAUAAAGAAAUUAACUUACCCAAGAACGGGAAUUCAAACUCGAAAACAAAAUUUUACCGCGUCAGUAACCAAGAUAAAAAUAACGAGUACGUCAACUCUCCCAAAAGCUCUAUCCCUUGCCCCUUUCUAUCCCGCCGAGGAUGGUGCGCUAAAGGGAACCGUUGUGAUUUUCAGCAUAAAGGGACUGGUCGUGACAAACACAAAAUAUCCUGUCCUUUUCUACGAAGGAAUGGUUUUUGUUUGAAAGGGGAUCCGAUCGAUGUGAUUAUUCUCAUAUCGGUUUUUCUCAUGGUAUGGUGGCUCCCAGAGCCAGGAUGAAUGCCACUGCUUAUCCAAGUUCUUCCCUACAUACCCCUAUCUAUCAAUGUGCUCCCUUUUCAACCAGUACGAGACACAACACAAGGUCACCUUUUUUGUCCCAUUCCCCCUGGCCUAUGAUUCCUCCUCCCCCCCUGAUGAAUGCUCUUACUUGUCCCCCGCUGACAUACUGAACAUCCGCGAUCAUAAACUCAUGACAUCUCCCCCUUAUCAGGAAAACCUACAAAACAUAACGGUUAGAAUCACAAACCGAAGUUUUAACAAAUCUUAUAAAAUACCCUCAAGAUCGCACGGUAAUUUAAUUACUGUCUCAUUUAAAACCCAAAAUGAGAACAAAAAGAUGUUCGUGCCCAAAAUAUUACUCACAAACACCAUGUCACUUACCCCUAAAAUUGACGAAGUCUCUUGUUUUAUGAAAAUUCACAAUCCAGACGCUGCUUGUAUCACCGAAACUUGGCUCCAUGGAUCAAUUGACGAUUCGUGUCUUUAUAUAGAUGGAUAUAAUUUCAUCUUCAAAAACCGUUCAGUGGGCUGUCAUGGAGGUGUGGGUUUAUAUAUUAAGAACUCAAUAUCCUUUGAAUGUUUAGACCAUCUACAGCAUCCCUUGUUAGAGGUUCUCUGGGUACGUCUUACUCCCAAAAGAUUACCCCGUGGAUUUACCUGUCUUGUAAUUGGCGUAAUAUACCACCCACACUCACCGAUGAUCAUGAAAUGCUCAGUUACCUUUCAAUAUCACUUACCACCAUUGAAAGCGAUUAUCCAGGCUGUGGUCUAAUGUUAUCAGGAGACUUCAACCAAUUAAAAGUUAACCGUCUACUGAACCAGUUUCAAUGCAAACAAAUGGUCAAUGUUUCUACCAGAGCUGACAAGACUCUUGAUCUAAUUAUUACCAACUUAUACUCGUUUUACGCUAAAGACUCUGUGAGAAACAUCCUCCCUUUGGCCUCUCAGAUCACAAUGUGGUCAUUCUAAACCCUAAAAACAGAUGCGAUAAAUCAGGUAGUCGAAAGGUCGUCAUAAGUAGAGACAUGCGUCCCAGUAAAAAGAGCGAACUCGGAAGAUACCUAACCUCCUGUAAUUGGUCCAUCCUAAAUCAUCUCGAAACCUGUGAAGAAAAACUUGAGCUUUUCACUGAUCUUAUUAACCUGGGUAUCAAUAUCCUAAUGCCCAAAAGAAGAAUAACACUACAUGUGAAUGAUCCCCCUUGGAUCACAGCUAAUUUUAAGAUUCUUAUAAAAAAACGCCAAGCAGCAUUUUCUAACGGCAAUAACGAACUGUUUAGGUAUUACCGCAACCGAGUUAAUCGCGAAAGAAAAAAAUGCCGUGAAAAGUUUUAUUCGUUGAAGGUUGAACAUUUAAAAAAGUCAAAACCAAGUCGUUGGUGGAAAGAAGUAAAACAGAUUGCUGGUAUGACCCCCUCAACGGGAGCGGAAGAUCUAUAUAACCAAAUUCACAUUGACGAUUUUGACCGGAAGUCUCCAAAUGAGAUUGCAAAUCUCAUAAACACAGCCUUCCUAGACCCCAUGAAAACUUACCAACCUCUUACUUCUCUUUCCUCCUACGAUCCAAAUGACUCUGUCCUCCAUCUCGACGAAUUUGAUGUGUAUAAAGGGCUUGCCUCCCUUAACCCCAGAAAAGCCUCAGGCCCAGACGGUGUUCCGAAUUGGGUGUUAAACGAAUAUGCAGAAGUUCUCGCCCAGCCUGUCAGUUCGAUUCUCAAUAGCAGUUUUAAUGAACAACGACUCCCUGCCUCGUGGAAAGCAGCUGAUGUUGUUCCAAUCAUAAAAACGAAACCGGUAACCGAAAUUUGUAAACAUUUAAGACCAAUAUCCCUCACCCCAGCCCUUUCUAAAGUAGCAGAAGAAUUCGUUGUUUCUAAAUACAUUGGGCCAGCUAUUCUGUGUCAAAUAGACCCCAACCAAUUUGGAGUGAUACCAAAAUCCUCUACAUCUAUGGCAGCGAUAUCAAUGAUCCACAAUUGGUCCCAAUCAACUGAUGGCACUGGCGCAGCAGUCAGAGUAGCCCUGUUCGACUAUAAAAAAGCGUUUGACCUUAUUGACCAUUGUAUACUCGCUGAUAAGAUCUCCAGAUUACCAAUUCCGAAGGCAGUCGUACGCUGGACUAUUGAUUUUCUAUUGGACAGAAAACAAAGAGUUAAACUCGCAACCGACUGCGUUUCAGAGUGGGGUGCUGUCCCGGCUGGUGUCCCUCAAGGCACGAAACUUGGGCCAUGGCUUUUUCUAUGGAUGAUCAAUGAUCUUAAAAUCACUGAAGUAUCUACUUGGAAGUACGUCGAUGAUACAACCGUUUCUGAGGUUGUUAAAAAAGGCGAUACCAGCAAAGCCCAAGACGCAGUUACCACAGUAGAAAACUGGUCGAAUUCCAACAGAUUACUUCUUAAUGCAGAUAAAUGUAAAGAACUCCAAAUCGACUUUAAAUCCACGAAACAGAACUUCGACCCUCUUACAGUCUACGGGAAGAAAUUGCCGGUUGUCCAAAACGCUAAAAUUCUAGGCCUCACCAUCUCUAGUAACCUUAAAUGGACUAACCACAUUAACGAAGUCAUCAAAAAAGCUAACAAACGUCUUUACUUCAUUAUCUUACUUAAGCGCGCAAAAGUCAGUCCGAAAGACAUUGUAAACUUCUACUGUACAGUUAUCAGGCCCAUUUUGGAAUAUUGUGCCCCGGUUUUCCAUUACUCAAUCCCAUCCUUCCUGUCAGAAGAUCUUGAGACGGUACAAAAGCGAUCACUGAAGAUCAUUUUACCCGCGAACUCAUAUAGCGAAACUUUAGAAUAUUUUAAUCUUCAAACUUUGUUCCAAAGACGCGAAGAAAUGUGUAACAAACUUUUCACAAAUAUUACUAACAAUCCGACACACAAACUGCAUAAUUUACUGCCUCCCAAACAUGAGUCGGUUUACCAACUUAGGAACAAUAGACUCUUUGAACGAUUCGAAACUAAUACAGAAAGAUUUAAAAAAACUUUUAUUCCUAUGUCUAGUAACUUAAGUUAAUGUAAUUUUUAGUACUAAGCGUUUUAAUGACCAUUUGUAAAUAUGCCUAAUUAACCCAUAUUCUAUCUUUUAAAUAAUGUUUUAUAUACUCUUGUAAAUCACGCAAUUCAGCUGUCCAGCUGCAAGGUGAAUCUUAAAUACACUAUCUAUCUCAUCUAUCUAUAUAUAUCUAUAUAUCUAUAUAUAUAUCUAUAUCUAUAUCUAUAUCUAUAUAUAUCUAUAUAUCUAUAUAUAUAUCUAUAUCUAUAUAUAUCUAUAUAUAUAUAUAUAUAUAUAUAUAUAUAUAUAUAUAUAUAUAUAUAUAUAUAUGUACUACCUACAGUAUAUACUAAAACUGUCUGUACCAGUGUAGGUAGUACCAAUGUGAAAAUGCUGUGCUGAGUGGUUAUAUUACUACCUUAAAAAAUAAGCAGAAACUCGACGUUUCGAGCGAAGGCCCUUCGUCAAGAGUUAGUAGCAGGGGAUCGGGGAAAAUGCACGGGCUUUUAUACUAAGAGUAUGAAAGCAUCACGUGACAAAAAAAUAAACCAAUUAGAUGGAUUUAAUAAUAACAAAGUGUAAACAAAAUAUGUAAAUCGCAUUACAGAAUAUAAUAUAAUUAAAAAUAUAAAAAUAAACAGGAAGUUAAGACAAUUACUACAAAAAAUAAUAAUCAAAACAAAACACGAGUGGGAAUAAG